UAGAACUCUCUACAUUCUCCUCGUACCAUCGUUCUUUUUUCUUUAUGAAUGAAUGAAGGAACUCGUUAUCAUCAUUCCACUGCAAAAUCUGUCCAAACAGGUCCUUAAAUCACUGAUCGGAAAAUCUCCUCUCUCAUCUCCAUUCACCUGUCCAAACAGGUCCUUAACGAGAUUUCUCUUUUCGAAGAAUUCUUUCGAACUCGUUAUUAUCUGAAUAAUAACCACUACAAAAUCUAAUCCAAACAGGACCUUAAUUCAUAUCGGUAAUUGCUAUGUCUACGGUGCAAUACAAUAAUUACUCUCACAACGGAACAUACUUUCCGACGCCGUUUCAUCCCUACAUUGGCCCUACUCCUUCGCCAGUGGCUAAUCCCGUUUAUAAUGCUACAACAGCUAUUCCAGGCGGUUACUCUUUGCCUCAGUAUCAACAAGCGCAGGAAUUAUUUCAAAAAGUUGCACAGACAAUUACGCCCGAGGCAAUUCAGAAUGUGAAAGCUGCGCUUGCAAGCAGUGAGAUUGAUCAAAAAGCUGAGGCCAAAAAGAAAGCUGUGCCUCGAAAGGCAGCAGGACAGACUUGGGAAGAUCCUACUCUUGCAGACUGGCCAGAGAAUGAUUUUCGUAUAUUUUGUGGUAACCUUGGGAAUGAGGUGAAUGAUGAUGUUUUGUCGAAAGCAUUUUCAAGAUUUCCUUCCUUUAACAUGGCCAGGGUUGUGAGAGAAAAGUGGACUGGCAAGACCAAGGGAUUUGGAUUUGUAAGCUUUUCAAAUCCUUCAGACCUUGCGGUGGCACUUAAAGAAAUGAAUGGGAAAUAUGUUGGAAACAGGCCAGUUCAACUUCGAAAGAGUAAAUGGAAAGACAGGAUUGACUAUGAAGCUUUGGUGAAACAGAAGAAUGAGUCUUUGAAGAAAGCAAAGUCGCCAAAGAAGAGUGUAUUGCACAAAUGAGCGCCAAAUUUGUAGAGCAUAGCUUAAUAGUAGGAUAUUUUAGAUGUAUCUUGGUGGGCAUAAGAGUAAGAGUGAGACAUUGCAGUUAUUGCAUACAGAUGUGCCAUUUCAUCCUACACUAUCUUUAGUGCUUUAUGGUUCACCAUGACUCUCUUUUCUGCGCGUUGUAUGGCGAACCUCUUGGCAAUUGUGGAAUGGGAAGCUUUAAUUGUUCAUUCACCUUGUGAGAUAUUUGCAGUGUCAUUCAUAAAUCAGUGUAAUUUGAAAUAUACUUUUAUUACAGAUU